CGCAGAGGCAGAAAAGAGCGGGAAAGGCUCUGUGGGGAAGUGCGCGGAACCCAGAGCCUCCGGAACCUGGUGCCGCUCGCAUUGGCCCAGGAUCCUGUGGCAGCCAGCUGUUCUCAGCCACGACAGCUGUCUGAGCCCUCGAGGCCCCAUUCGCAAAGCCGUGAUGCCUCAGAAGAGGCGCAGGAUGAGGGCGACCGCGAGUGCUGAGAAGCCUGAGAGAGGAGAAGCUUGCCAUACUGAUGCGGGAGAGAAAACUAGGCCUCACCACCGAGAAGAUGAAGACAAAGCUCGUCCUACUCCUAAAAGCAGACGGAGGUCUCGCCGUAGUGAAGGAGGUGAGAGACCCCUUAGAACUGAGGGAGAAGAAAGAGGCCAGAGCAGUGGUCAAGCUGAGGGAGGUGAGAGGCCCAUUGAAGCUGAGGAGAGUGAGAGGCCUGUUCAAGCCAAGCAAAGAAAAAAGCCUGCUAAAGCUGAGGGGAUCGACCGGCCUGUUAGAUCCCAGGGAAAAGAAAGAGCUGUUCCAGUAGAGGGAAGAGAUACAUAUGCCCAAGCUGAGGGAAGCGAGAGGCCUGCUCGAACCAAGAAAAAAGAAAAGCCUGCUAAAGUUGAAGAAAUAGAGAAGCCUGGUGAAGGUGACGUAACCGAGAGGCCCGUUGGGGUGGAGAAGCCUAGUCGUAGUAGGAAAUCAGCCCCUGUUGGGAGGCCAGAGAGAGGUGGAAAGCCUGCUGAAGCUGAGAAGUCUGACGAACGUGAGAAACCUGCUGGGGCCGAGAAAAAGCCUAAACGCGCUUAUGAGAGGCAUAGGUUCUACAUAGGAGACAUCCCCCCUCCUGUUCUGUCUCGCAGGCGGCUUGGCUUCUUUGCAGCUGAACCAGACAGCACCGACAGUAGUGAUGAAGGGGAGCCAUCCAAUGUGGCCAGAGAAGAGCCAAUCCAUCAGUUUAGAUCAGUGAAAACAGCUCUCUUUCUACUCCUGAGCAUUCUCUUGAUCCUCUCCCUUAUAUUCUUUAUAUAUUGGACUUUUCCUGAACUUACUGAGGAAGAAAAAGCAACAUUGAAGGUUCCCAGAAAUAUGGAGGAAGCCAAGGCCUUAGGACAACUUCUGUUGAAAUACAAGGACAACUUUUUCCUGUGUAAGAAACGUCUGACGUAGUUGCGGUGAUGCGGUGAUGCGGUGGUGCAGCUGAGGACAGCGGAGGUUUCCUGGCAUCUGGUACCACGAACAAGGCGUUUGGAUUCCUUUUUCAGCGACGGAGAACGAUGAAUUUUCGGGAUGGGGAAGAGGGGUGUUUGAAGAAACAGUUUCAAAAGAAGUAAAGUGCCUGGUGGAAAAAAAUUUGGAAAACAGAGGGUUGGUUUUUAUUGACUUUUAACACUAAUUUUAGUGUUAAAAAAGUUAAUAACUCUCCCUCCUCAAAGUACCCUGCAUUCAUUUAUUCCACCAGUAAAAUAAGAGCUGAUUCGUUAUAGAAAUUUGGUUUGUUUGGGGUAUUUAUCUUUUUAUCCCCAGAACCUAACAGCACAAUUUCUGCUGCAUAGUUAAUGGUUAAUAAAAGUUCAUUUGCAUUG